GUUAUUUUACUUCCUGCCCACGCCGAUUGCACUUCCGAAUUCGUCCGCUGUUCUGGUUUAGAAGGCCAAAUAGCGACAGGCAUGUCUGCAGCGUUGCGUGUACUAUAUUCUGUGUCCCGGCCAGGCACCAUUGCGGCUGGACACAAUCUUGUGCGUCCAAUCAGUCUGUCGGCCCAGAGAGAGGGAUUCAAGUAUGUGAAUGCUCAGGAUCUGCCCACAGACAUGAAGUCCAUAACAGACAGAGCUGCUCAGACUCUGCUAUGGACAGAGCUCUUCAGAGGAUUGGGCAUGACCAUGAGCUACCUGUUCAGAGAGCCGGCCACCAUAAACUACCCGUUUGAGAAGGGGCCCCUGUCUCCCCGUUUCCGUGGUGAGCACGCCCUGCGCAGGUACCCCUCUGGAGAGGAACGCUGCAUCGCCUGCAAGCUGUGUGAAGCCAUCUGCCCUGCCCAGGCCAUCACCAUUGAGGCAGAGCCCCGUUCGGACGGCAGCAGGAGGACAACGCGCUACGACAUCGACAUGACCAAAUGUAUUUACUGUGGCUUCUGCCAAGAGGCCUGUCCUGUUGAUGCCAUCGUGGAGGGCCCCAACUUUGAGUUUUCCACAGAGACCCAUGAGGAGCUGCUCUACAACAAAGAGAAACUGCUCAACAACGGAGACAAGUGGGAGGCCGAGAUCGCUGCCAACAUACAAGCUGAUUACCUCUAUCGAUAGACAGGCUGGCGCACACACACACACACACACACACACACCGAUAGACUGAACCACCGUGCUCUGUUGAUAACCAUGAAACACACACAGAUGCGGUAAGACAAACUGGCACACACAUUGUAUAGAUAUCCUUCAGCCUCUUUGACACAGACACACGUCCAUCCAUACUGUACUGUUGAUCCAGAUCAGUGUUCACACCAAGACCUGUUUCCAGAGAAACAGUGCUGUCUGGAUAUCUAUAUUGCAUAUACUGCAUAGAUAUUGAAUGUGACUUGGAUUAUUGGGACAAAAUAAACAGCAGGGAGCCACAGCUCUCUAGAACCAGGUCUAUGUGGACCACUGUCAAAAUAAGCUCAGCUCACCCACAGAGAGAUGCACCCUCGGUCUCCUGUACCGGCAGCCAGCCCACAGAUACCUAUCCUGGGGCACAUUCAAUAGGGAUACGUUGUGGAAAUUUUCAUAAAGAAAUGACAUCAAUAGAGUUGACAUGAUUCUUUAUUCUACUUGUCAAUGAGGCAUGUUUGUUCUACAUACCAUAUGUCUGAACGUUCCACAACGCUGUGCCCUGCAGAACGCACCCCUGAUGUCUAUGCUCAACAGUACUGUUUAUCUGAUUCGAGGUAAGAUAUUGCCCCAAACCACAGAUUUAGGAUCAGAUCAAAUUAACUUGAACCAGUAGGGACAAGAGAAAAAAAUCUGACCAUGUGUUAGUGGUUCGGGACAACUACCUACUCUGUGUCCCAAAUGGUACCUUACCUCCUAUAUAGUGCACUACCUUUGACCAGGGCCCAUAAGACUGGUCAACAGUAAUACACUAUAUAAGGAAUAGGGUGGCUUUUGGGACGCAGUCCUACUCUGUUUUAAGGGCGGCGUGUUAUCAUUUUGUCCGAGAGUAAUACACAACCAGUUGGCACAUGAUACUCUGGCUCUAUUAUAAUUAUUAUUAUUAUCCUCAAACUAGAGAAUAUAUUAGCCUGCUGCAAACACAAAGUUACAUGGGGGUUUGUUGUCAUGAUAAUUGUACAAAGGUGAAGUACUUGUGGACUUGAAAUUAUGAAGAAUAAAUAUUGUUCUGUCCUAAGUUUUAAAA